GCCGAUAAAGGAGGCAACAUUGAGGAACAAGACAGAGCUGGGAACGCGGAGGAUAUCACAAACCAAUCAACCAAGGGAGCGUCGAAACAGCGUCGAAGCUUGAUCAACUUGGAGAUAGAACACCUGAAGGAACUGCUGCCCCUGUCGGAAACGACCAGGAACCACAUAUUCCAGCUGCAAGUGAUGGCACUGGUCUGCACGUACAUCCGCAAGCACCAUUAUUCGGACUGCAGUACCUGGCGCUGGCAUUCAACCCUGUUGAGUCAUCGUUGGGCAGGCACCUUCGAGAAAGCGUUGCGAGAAUUUCUGCUGGUGUUCGAUCGCCAAGGGAAGAUUCUGUACAUAUCUGGGAACGUCAACGAAUUCCUCGGUCAUUCGGUGGAGGAGCUGUUGUGCCACGGCGACAGCAUAUACGAUUUGAUCGAUCCGAAGGACCACAGCAGCGUGCAAUCCGUUCUGUGGUCCGGGCUACCGUCGACGAGCAUAACGAAGCCAAGCGUCGACGAUACGACUAUCAUCUGCCGCCUG